AUGGCGGCAAGCGACAUUGUGACUGGGGUGAACUUCCUUAUCGUGUGUUCCACCAUAUACCUUUACGCGAAAGCUGGAGUUCGUCCUCCCAAUGCUCUGAACCGCUUCAUCUUCACUUCUAUCAUCUUCGCAGGGCUGUCCUCUGCCUACAGCCUGCUGGCGCUAACGGCCGAGCGCUACUGGUUCAUCUUCCACGGCAUGACGUACGAGAACAAGAUCACCAACGAUAGAUGCAAGGUUGCGAUCAUAGCCACCUGGAUGUGGAGCAGCGUCUUGGCACUGCUGCCCGUGUUCGGAUGGAGCUGCACGUUUCCGUCCCAAGUAGGGUGUAUCCAGUUCGGCGGAGGUUCUCAGCCCGGUUACCUGGUCAUGGUCCUGAUUCUAGUCUUCAUCCCAAUGACGGCGAUCAUGUUCUUCAACCUCGGCGUGUUCCGGUGCCUGUGGCGGCAGGUUAGCGACAUCAGGCGGCAGGAGGCCGCAGUGCAGGCCCAGCCUACCACCAGCAGGAAAUCAGCCAUCACCGUACUCAUCAUCACCGCCGUGUUUCUGGCGGGGUGGCUGCCUUGGUGCGUGGGGGUGGCUAGGGAAGUGGCCUGUAAAGGAGAUUGCGGCAACAUGGAUCCGUCGAUGUUAGCAUCCGUGCUCCUCAACUCCGCGGUCAACCCCAUCAUCUACGGCUUCCGACUGGAGGAAAUCCGCCGCAACGUGAAGCGUCUCUUCGUCGGUCGCGCGGUGAAUGCGUGGAGCCCUUAG